AUGUUUAAACUUCUCGUUGUUUUAUCAUUGAUUGCUGUCAUUCAAUGUCAAAUACCUGGUGGUUAUGGAGAUAGACCUGAACUGGUAGAAGACGUAUCUACACGUGCUAUGAUUCGAUUAGCAGUUCUCGAUUUAAAAAGUAAAAAUAUCAUUAUAACACCAACUACAGUUGUCAGUGUCCAAAGUCAAUCUAUGGUGGGGACAAAUUUUAAGAUUGUUUUCACAGCUCGCUCAGCUUCUGCUCCUGAUGGUCUUACAUGCACUACUAUUGUUUAUGAACACUGGAGUCUUACUCAAUCAGUUACCUCAGUUGAUUGUGUUUAA